UUUUUUAUUCGUUUGCAUUUGGUCUUGGAUAUCGGCUUUGCCGAACUAAAACCUAAUGAUGAACUGGAUAUUUUGAGAAAAAUCAUGGGACAAAUUGCUUCUAAUUUAACUCCCGGUAAGCCUGAAUUUAGAGGCAGUAAAGAAUUUAAAUAUGUUGUUCAGUUAAGAGAAAAAAUUACUGACAAAGAACUUAACUUUAUCCCUAAUGAAAAAAAGUAUUUGGUUAAAUACAUUGACAAAAUUUAUGACAAACUUCGUGCCAAAUACGAAGAAAUUUACUUAGUGCGAAACGAACGUUUUUUUAAACUUCAUACUUUUGAAGACGGAAAAUCUUUUGAGCCGGACUAUGUGCUAUUUUUACGACAGAAGAUGCCUUCCAGAAGCCUUUAUUAUCAAGUAUUUAUUGAGCCGAAAG